AUGGAAGCCACCGACAACUCAUCAGAAUCCACCGUAAAAAAUGGUUCUCAAAGACUACCUGGUAUGGUUAAUUGGGGCACAGCAACUGUUAUUGCAAUGUUUGCAGGCAUGUUAUAUGGUGGUAGCAGAGAGGCAUCUUCUUCUGUUAGCAAGGAUGCAGAAGUGAUGUUGAAACUUGGGAGCACAGAAGACAAACGAGCUCAAUAUCGAUUGAUGAGAGAUGCAAUGGAGAAACGUUUCAUUCGAGUUACACGAGGCGCACUAGUUGGAGGGGUACGGCUUGGAAUGUUCACUGCUGCAUUUUAUAACAUACAAAAUUUGCUUGCGGAGAAGCGAGGAGUGCAUGAUGUUUUCAAUGUUGUGGGAGCUGGAUCAGCCACUGCUUCAGCUUUUGGUUUAAUAAUGCCAGGAUCUUUCCGUUGGCGUGCCAGGAAUAUGGUACUAGGAUCAGUACUGGGAGCAGCAUUUUGUUUUCCUCUUGGUUGGGUCCAUUUGAAGAUGGUAGAAAUAGCUAAUGAAGAGAAUUCAGAGGCACAUUCAGAUCAGAGAGAAGUAAAGAGUGGUGUUAGUGCUGCAAUUGAGAGGCUUGAAGGAAAUUUAAGAAAAUGA